GUAAAAGCAGGUGGGAUACAGCUGUAUCGUUACAGUUAAGUCGAGGAGGGAAGCAGCCGGCAGAGGACAUGGAGAGAAAUUGGGAGAGGCAUCGUCUAUUUUGCUGGAAAACCUUGGGCUAUGAUGGCUGAAGGCAUCUCUCUGUGACCGACUUGGUGGUGGUGCACUCAAUCUAACUUAACCCAAUGUUUCCUUUCUCUGCUCCAGGUUGGGAGGCAGUGCCCAUGGAUCAGAUCCAGAGGCCAGUAGGACUACUUCGGCCGUGGCUCAGAGCAGGGGGUGGAGCGCAGGAGACCGGGGUGCUCCUUGAAUUGGGAGUUCCUAUUAUGCUCCUGGGGCUGCUGCUUCCCAGCACAGACUGUGGCUCACAUCCACCUCCAGGAUUUGCUUCCUAUGAAGUAAUUGUUCCAAGGAAGUUUGUAUCAAAGGAAGGAAAUGCUGCCAAGGAUGAAAUGUCCUAUGUCAUCAAGGUGGAAGGGAGGAAUCAAAUUGUUCACCUGAAGCAGAAAAAAGGAUUUAUAGUAAAAAAUUUACCAGUCUACACUUACGACCCCCAGGGGAGGCUGUUGGUAGAUCACCCCUCCAUUCCAGAGGAUUGCUACUAUCAUGGGUACGUAGAAGAUAGCCCAGAGUCUCUUGUCGUCCUCAGCACCUGCUCAGGACUGAGAGGUUUGCUCUGGAUUGGGAGCUUACAGUAUGGCAUUGAACCUGUGGAGAGUUCCUUGAUAUUCCAGCACCACCUCUAUCGAAUAGGGGAGGCCGGUCCUGAGCCCACAGCGUGUGAACUAACAGAUGGAGAGAUAGAAAAGCAAACUGCUGAAGUGAUGGAAGCUAGGAAGCAUGCAUCAAAGAAACCUUUUGUGUGGGGGCAGACUAAAUACCUAGAGUUUCUAGUAGUGGUAGACAAACAACGCUACGACUAUGCUGACAAAAAUAUGACUAAUGUGGUACUGUCAGUGAUUGAAGUAGUGAAUUUGGCGGAUGAAUUUUUUUCUUCCCUUCGUCUUCGCAUUCUGCUGACCGCGUUAGAGGUUUGGACAGACGACAAUCCAAUCAAGAUAACAAAGAACGUAGCUGAAGUUCUGCAUAAUUUCAACAGUUGGAGAAAAGCUCAGCCACUCACACGUGUGCCACAUGAUGUUGGACACCUGUUUUCAUUUAACGAUUUUGGAAAAGUCCAGCAGGACAAAUUGACCGCAAAAUCCUAUCAUUACAGUGCCUGUGACCGGUCACGUGCAUCAGCUGUGGUAUCAUUCAUCAACAGUCCUGUGAAAAACUUCGCUCUGCUUGUUGCUCAUUUGCUGGGACACCAGGUUGGUAUGGUGCAUGAUGGACAAGCAUGUGCAUGUGGCAAUUCAUCUUUCUGCAUCAUGGACCCAGCUCGUAGGGAAGUCUAUCAAUUCAGUAACUGUAGCGAGAGAUACUAUCUUAACUUCAUGCGUCAAGGCAAGGGAAACUGUCUGAAUAACCUCCCAGAGACUGGGGUAUUUUUUCUAAUGCAGCGCUGUGGUAACCAAAUUGUAGAAGGAGGAGAAGAAUGUGAUUGUGGCUCUGAGAAGCAGUGUAGAAAGGACCCCUGUUGUGAUCACACUUGCAAAAGAAAAGAAGGGGCUACUUGUAAUAUUGGAAAAUGCUGUAAAAAUUGCCAGCUUCUUGUAGAAGGGACAAAAUGUAGAGACACUGUAGGCGAGUGUGACCUGCCAGAGUUUUGCAAUGGGACUUCUCCAUAUUGUCCGGAGGAUACGCACAUACAAGAUGGGACUGUAUGCAGUGGUGAUGGCUACUGUUUUUACGGGAAAUGCAAUAGUCACAAUAUACAAUGUGAAAAACUCUUUGGCAAGCCAGCAAAAGCUGCUCCAAUAAGCUGCUUCAGAGAAGUGAACAUGAAAGGGGAUCGGUUUGGCAACUGCUGGGACGGUGGGGAAAAUGAGACAUUUGAGAAAUGUAAACCAGAAAAUGUAUUGUGUGGGAGGUUACAAUGUGUGGAUGUUAAAACGCUACCUUGGUUGGAGGAACAUGUGACCAUCAUUCAGACUCUUGUUAGCAAUAUCUGGUGUUGGGGCACAGACUAUUACUCGUUGGCAGAGUCAACUGAUUAUGGAUUAACAGAAGAUGGUGCAACAUGUGCUGCAGACAAGAUAUGUUAUAAUCAAACAUGUUUCAAUCAUUCAGUAUUGCUGCAAUUAUCGUGUUCACCUUCUUCAACGUGCCAUGGAAGAGGGGUCUGCAACAAUAAUGGGAACUGUCACUGCAAGGAUGGCUGGGCCCCUCCAUUAUGCCAGUUUCCUGGCUUUGGAGGAAGCCGUGACAGUGGGCCUCCACCAGUUUCCAAAAUAGGAAUUCUCAAUUUGAUUAUGCUUAUUAUAGGAAUAGUCCUUGGUGCUAUUGCUAUAAUUGUUAUCCUUGCCAUUCUAAUAUUUAGACGUGCUGCUGUAAUGCAAGCAGUUAGUAGAACAGUUCAAAACAUUCGGUCUAGAACUCUGUCUCCCCCGAGUGAUAGUAGGAGCCCGCAGAAAGACGACACAGUUUAGCUUCACAAAGAAAAUACAGAACGGAAAGUCCAUUUUUUAGGGGGU